UAGCUCCACAUUACUCAGCUGAGGGGGGGCAGAGGUGGAUGUUAGUGGAGCCGUGCUCGGUGCUCUCUCGGCCGGACACAGCACCGACCUGUGGCCGGCGUCACCCGGAACCAUUCUCCAGACAGGAAACGACCAUUUUAAGGCUAACAGCAGAAGCAGCGGCGGCAGCCCCACCGGAGGAGCCGUCGACUACACGGAGGAGGGGGGAGAAACCUGAACCCGACACGGGCCGGAAAGCAGCGAAAAAGAGGGAAAAAACACGACGGAAUCAAAACAAAGAGGAGGCGAGAGGCCGGAGAGCUGCGGGGGAGAGGCGGGCGACAGUGCGGUGACAUCAGGCCGGAGCAGCGGGAACUCUUUUUUUGUUAGUGAGUGAAAAGCAGCAGCGGCGGCGGCAGUCUUCCUCCUCCUCCUCCUCCUCCCCCUCCUCCUCAUCCUCCUCCUCCUGGGCUGAUGGAGAACCAGGCCCCGCUCCGUGCUCGUACUCCAUGGAUGUAGAGGAGAAAGGCCCCGCGGACAGGCAGCCUACAGUAGGGUCCCCGCUCUCACGGAGCUCCCCGUCCUCGGCGCUUCCACACGGCCUUCACGCACCCGUUUCCUCUGCCUGUUUGUUUGCACCGGGUCGGCGCUUGUUUACAGAUGGUUGGCCUGGAGUUGUCCAGUUUACGGAGGAGGAAGUAAACGGACUCUCCGCCUGGACCCAAUACACAACAUCAGAAGAAGAAGAAGAAGAAGCAGCAGCAACAGCAGACGACGUUCAGCAGAUGAGCUCCAGAUCUGAAGUUUAGCAGAGGAGCUCCAUGAAAGGAAGGAUGGACGGGCAGUGAAGUGAUGGAUUAAUAUAAACACCCUUCAUGGAACUGUUGACCUGGAAAUCACUGUACACUUAUGGAACACUUUAAAGAAACACUACAGUUUAAUUUUUUUAAGUAUUAUUUACUAUAUUGUCUAUUUAUGGCCCCCCCUUUUUUACAUAUAACCUCCCACAAAAGCACUUGAGGGCUUGAUUCCUGAGCAGAGAAGCCGUACCUUUGACUUUCCGAUGUAUUUAUGUGAGGAAAUCAAGGGUUAGUUGGGGUAGAAGCCUCAGCAAGGAAUACCUCUGAAAAACGGACCUUUAUUAGUUCCAAAGGAGCUCACUGCUGUUUCCAGCUACUCACGGACUGAGCAUACGUGUUUUUGCCCCGGACACUUUGCUACAGCUGCUUUGCAAGAUGUUCCAGUUCAGCAAGUAUCCCAUGGACAUUUUAGAAAUGCUGAGUGGUCACCAAGCCCAUCAGUUCAAAGGCCUUGGAUUAGAACGACAACUGAGCCACCAACAGCAGGUCCAGCUGCAGCAUCAGCAGCAGCUGCAGCAGCAGCACCAGCCCUCUGCUGACUCAUCUGGAAGCCUCCUGUCCGGCCUCGGACUCGGGUCCCUCCAGAGCUCCCGCAGCAAUGCCUUCGCCGACUCCUCGUCGUUAUUUGCCAAAAUGAGUGCCCCGCCCCCAUCCAUCUCCCAUCAGAGCCAGUCCUCCUCCUCGUCUCACAGCUCCAGGAAGUCGAGUAAGAUGAGCAGCAGCAGCAGCAGCGGCAGUGGGAGCUCCGCAUCAGGUUAUCCACAGUUUCUGCGGCCUUUUCACCCGGCUGAGGCUGCGCUAGCACAGGAGCAGCUCCACUCUGGAAUGGGACGUUUUGACUUUGGGGGGAGCAGCAGUGGAGGAGGUGCAGGGGUCAUCGGGGGCGUGGUUACACCUGCGCCUCCACCUCCACCACUGCAUCCAGGUCUCUCUGUCCCCCAGCCUUCCACUGGUCCCUCCUCCUCGGGCUCUCCUGCCACCUCUGCCUCCAACAACCCUCCCAGCAGCACUGCAGUCCCUUUAGUCGGCCAGUCCGAUCCCCGCAGCCUCCACCAGCAAUUCAGCUGCAUGCUGGCUGCCAACCAGUACUUCCUGUCCGGAGUUCCUACCAACAGCAGCCUGGAGCAGUUCCUUGUCCAGCAAGGCACUCACAACCACCUGGGCUUGGGCCUCAGCCAAGGGACCACUGAGUCAAACUCGGCCCUGGCCCCUCCCCCCGCCCUCCACUCCUCCCACAGCCACAGCCACUCGGCUCCACAGCCUCAGCAGCAGCAGCAGCAGCUGGCGUCUCACGCCUUAUCACAUCCACACAGCCACGCUCACCACCCACACCCUCUCCACCCGGCACCACAGCCCGCCCCACUGAGCAGCUUUGAUUUUCAAGGUAUUCCAGUCCUUUCCUCAAACCAGAUAGCCUCGUUAAUGCAGCAAGAAGCCGGCCUCCCCCUCCCACUCCCUCUCCACCUGUCCCUCUCCAAAGAAGAUUCAUCAAAGUCCAUUGACAGCUCUUCCACGUCUACUUCCAGUGGAGGAAGCAGGAGAAAGAAAGCAAUGGCAGGCUAUCUGCCGCAGAGGAAAUCGGACAGUAGCAGCCACAGCAGCAGCAGCAGCAGCGUCAGCAACUGUCACAGCAGCAGCUCGAGUGGCCACAGUCAGAGUUCCUCAUCAGGUCUUGUGGGAGGAGGAUCUGGGAGUGUUGGUAUAAGUGGCAUCGUAAGCGAGCAGCAGCACUCCUCCCUCCUCUCCUCGUCCUCACAGCGGUCUUCCUCCACAGUCUCCUCCUCUUCCUCCGCCCCACCUUCCUCAAACUCCACCUCUGUGCUUGUAGCCAACGGUAGCCAGCAGUUGUCCAAAAACCGUGAAAGUCACAGGAACGGUUCGUCCGGCCAGCCCGAACCUGAACCCCUCUACCACUGUGGUGAGUGUGGUAAAACCUUCACCCACCUCUCCAGCCUUCGACGGCAUCUCCGCAGCCACGGCCUGACACCAGAAAGCCAAAGCAGAAAGUCAGACUGUAACUCACCAAGCCCUGAGAGGAUAUUUUGCUGUGGUGAGUGUGGAAAAAGGUUUAAGAAAAGGGGUCACCUCAUCCAACACAGUGUCACCCACUCAGAAAACCGUCCGUUUGCCUGCACCGUCUGCCAGAAGUCCUUCAACCGCAGAGAGUCGCUAACGAGACAUGAAAAGAUCCACGACGACAAGCCUUUCCGCUGCCCGGCGUGCGGGCGGUGUUUCCGUGAGAGCACCUCCCUUCUCAACCAUGCAGCUUCUGGUGCCUGCGGCAAACCUCCCCGGAGUUCAAAAAACCGGGCCUCCCCCAGUGGAAGUGGAUCAUCCAACCCGAGCAGCAGCAGUAAAAUGGGGAGCAGCGGCGACAGAGUAGGCAUUUCAAACAACGGCGCGGCAAUGACCAACGACAAGUACUCGAGUGAUUAUUCCAGAAGUCGCUACCAGAACCAGUCGUCCUACAACAGCGGUGUCGACAUCUACAGGCGAUCGCAGUCUUCUCUGUACUCCCCAGGGAGUACGCUAGCCAGUGAGAUGGCCAACCAAACUCUCCGAAAGGCCCCUUUAGCUCCAACUCUUCACCCUCACCCUCAAAGUCAGCAACAGCACCACCACCCACAGCAGCAGCCACACCUCCCCCUCUCAUCACUAUUGGAUGAUUCGGAGGACGAAGUCACCAGCAGUGCAAUGUCGGCCAUCGCCGCCGCCGCCGCUGCUUCCUGCGAUAUAAACACUGAGGGCCGGGAUGGAGAGAGGCGGGACAUCAUCGGAGGCCUGCUGGGGGGGUUGGGGUUUGGUAACUUGGGGGGACCGUCAUCCACCCUCAACGGUUCCACCAUGCCUUUAACCCACCCCAGCCAUCCACACACCAAACCCAGGAGGACAAGGAAGCCUCGGGAGAAAAGGGACCCAAGCAGCAUCAUCAGGAGGAGGAGGAGUCCCGCCCCUCCAGGGGACGGUUCAGAGCGGCCGUACGGAUGUCAGAUCUGCGGCAAACGUUUCAGGAGAGCGGAGACGCUGCGGCGCCACAACCGCGUCCACACGGGGGAGAAACCUCACUCCUGCGACGUGUGUGGCAAAAUGUUCCGCGAGCCGUUCCACCUCACCAAGCAUCUGACUGUGCACUCUGGCCAAAAGAACUACAAGUGCAACCUGUGCGGGAAGAUGUUUGCGUACGCUCAGAGCCUGGUGAGACACGGCAAGUUACACAGAAAGGGGGAGAUCGACAGCCAGGGGAGGAGAGUCAAAGGAGCUGCUGCCGCCGCCAUCAGUCAGGUCACCAACUCGGGAAACUCUGACUACUUCUCAUCCUGCUCUCAAGGAGAAAAGUCGCCAACAUCCGGCACCCCCUCGCAGAGGCUGUACACCUGUACGGUGUGCUGGAAGUCAUUCCGCCACUACUUCCACAUGACGGCACAUCAGCAGACCGUCCACGGCGGCAUAAUAGGACGAGAGAAGUCCUUUCGCUGUGACGUCUGUGGCAAAGCCUUCGCCUACUCCAACAGUUUAGUGCGGCACAAGCUCUCCCAGCACGGCAUCGACCGCAGCGGCCAGCGCGUCAACCAGUCCCAACCUGCUGGAUUCUCACCGCUCUUCUACGAUGCAGGGUCAGGUUCCAGCUACACUGGGUCGUCUCAUAUGCAGCAGGGGGCCCUUGGUGGUCAACCACCACCGCUACCACUGCAGCAACAACAGCAGCAGCAGCAGCAGCAGCAGCAGCAACAACAACAACAACAACAGCAACAGCUGCAGCACCCUUUUCACUACCGCUCAAAAAACUACCAAAAGCGGCACGGACUGACAAGAAAGCACCGAAAGAAAAAAAGGCGCGUGGUGAUCCACAGCAUCAUGAGGGACGGGAAGCUGGUGGGCUUCCCGCUGAGUAAAGACACGCGCAAGAAACUGAGCGUCCUGAAGAGAAAGAGGGGACGGCUGCAAGCACAGAUCAAGAAGAAGAAGCUCCUGGCUCAGCUGAGGAUGAAGGGCGGCAUGAUGCGGGUGAGGUCGUGGAGCGGCGGGGCCGUCAAAGUAUCUGGGCUCACCUCGCUGGACAUCCAAAUCAAGCGCUUCCCCUGCCCCAUCUGCCCCAGCACCAUGUACGCCAAACAGGGCUCUCUGCUGGUCCACCAUGCCAUCAGGCACCCGCCCAGGAAGUCGGGCCGCCACGCCCGACUCCGGUGCCAGGUUUGUGGGAGACGCACCAGCUCGCUGCACAAGGCCCUGAAACACCGGGGCCAGCACCUAAAACAAGCCGCAUUCCAGUGCCACAGGUGCCGACACCGCUUCUGGAACUCCGGGCUCCUGGUCCGCCACAUGUUCUCCUGCCGCGGCUCCAGCAGCGGGAGCUGGGAAAUGAUGACGAUCAAGUCUCCGUCGUCGCACAGCCAGUCUGACAAGGAGCCGUCACCGCUGCGGCUGGCGGUCCCGGUUCUGGUCCAGCCGGGGAGAUCAACCGUUCUGACAGAGUACAGUCAGUGAGGAGAACAGGACAAAAACGGGACUGUUUUUUCUAGAAUAGAUCGUUUUGAUGUUUAUUUUUCUGAAAUAAUACAAGAAGCAGAACAAGCAGCGAGUUUUAGCAAAGUUUUUAACACAGAGAUUGUGGGGAGGGUUUUAGUGUAACUGCCAUGAAAUCUCCGCAUCCUCUCGCAGACGGAGCCGGUUCAGAAGCUAAUGUGGACUUCAAAAGGCCAAGAAUCAGAACCGCUCUGGUUGUUCUUGUCAGAGAACCUCCACACACAAACCACGUGACAAUUUUUUGUUUUAGAAAAAAUGCGUUCAUCCACUCACCUUCCGACACUUUUUUUUAAUUAUUAUUGUUAUUAUUUUAUUCAAAUUAGCAUUGCUUCCGCACAGGCGCGGAAUCGGAUGCCGACUGUAAGAAGUGAGGUACCUUUUUAGUACCCGUUUAUUUUUACACGACCGUUCUCACGUUACUGGCAGUUUUAAAAGCGGUGUUGUCCUUGUCUCUGGCUCUGUAUGUCUUCUUUGUCUCCUCCCAGUGGACAGUCGCUCUCUUUUUAUGCAGAGAUGACGCAGACAUAGCCCCGCCCCUUGAGAUAUGAAAAACAAACACACAAAAAAACUACGGAAUAGAAAUCCUGAUCUGGAUGAUGUAAGAGGAGAAAAAAAAACGGUGUUACAGUGAAAGUAUUGUUGACCUUGUUUUUAACGUACACUACUUUUAGUCGUUUUUUUUAAAAACGCGCAACCGAAACAAGCUCUUUGACGUUCAGGAUUUGAAACAGAAAUACGCAGAGUGUACUGUACAAUUCGUAUUAUAUUUUAUUAUAUAUGGAUUAUUUGCUGUUUUUUACUCCAAGUAUGGUUUCUUUUAAUCACUGUUGUUAUUGUACGGGCGGGAGGGAACGCGUCGGGGUUUGUCUUUGUAAAACAAGCGGGAUGAAUAUAUGUAUUGAUGUGUUUUGUUUCGUUUUUCUCAAACCUUUUAACCUGCCCCCUCGGUUGCCGCGGUUACGCCCCCGCUCUUUUUGUAACAGAAGCGUGUACACGCAUAGUUCAUUACUUCCUUAGGUCCAUGUCCGACGUGUUUCUGUUUUCCUUUUAUAUUUUCCUGUAAAACUAAAGAACAUGUAAUAUUAUUACUAAAUUACUACUAUUCCUUUGCCUAAAAGUGAGUUGUUGGAAAAAAAACAAAAAACUCAAAUCCAAUAAAAAAAAAAAAAGUCUGAAAUGUUUGUUUGGAAGCUAAUUUUUGGACGUUGCCACAAUGGAAAUUAUAGAAAUUUUUCAGUGAAAAACUGAAAAAAAAACCAAUCUAGUUGGUAGGUAAUUGUUUUUGUGAACAUUGUUCUUUGUGUAUGUGGCAGUUUUUUUGGCCAAAAUCUGUUUGUUUUCACAAAGGAUAACCAUUAUUCACUGUACAAUGUUCAAUUGAAUGUUGGACAUUUGACAAAUAAUAAUUAGUGCCACAUAUUGUUAUUUUCAGUAAAAUCCUCCACUAUCUUGGUUCAGAAAAUAAAUGUUACAUUUGAGACUUUAAACCUAAA